UUAGUUCGAGAAUUUGGAUUGAGGGUGUUGUAGCUAUCGUCUCUUCCAAAAACUCCUUUAAAUUCGUGUAUAAAAUUACGUCUAUUAAAUCACGACCUAUAGACAGAUCAACGGAGUGCAAUGCCACAUCUUUGUUUCAUACGUGACCCGCGCGCAGUGCCUUUUCUGAAUCUUUUGACAAAGCCUAUGAAUGCGACGACGGCAGCGCAGUCAUGGUGACAUUGAAAACGUUUUAAUUUUAAUAUUUUCUUCAGUAGAAGUUCAUUAAUAUACCUUCUGAAGAAAAUUGUGCUUUUGGCUCAUAUACAAACAUAAAUUAUAAAAACAAUGGUUAAAAAUAUUGUGUUUGUGGAUAUUUUGCGCCAAAAAGAAAUAGAAACAUUUUAUGAUGCUUGCCAACGGCAUAGAGACUAUUACAGGGGCUAUGCUAGUGCCCAUCAUCCUUUGAUCUUCUUCAAAGACCCUCAGUACGCAUUCCAAUGUCCGGAGGAGAUGACAGUAUCAUACUUGUCGUUCCCCAUGUACCACGUGAAAUACAAACAACCGCUGGUACUCCCGAGUGAAACGGGCCGUACCAGCAACCCGCCCGCAUUGCCCGACCGCACCCUCGCCGGAAGAUUCAACAAGGCAGCUUGUAAGGCCUACGUCCGUUAGUAUGCCAUACAAGAGUUAACUACCAUUAGUCAAAACUGAAGAAAAAGAUCAAGAAAUUAUUUAAAAAAAUGUUUGCAACUCUUUGCUUUCAUUGAAUUCGGACGAUGUAGGUAUGUGCGAUUUUUAAAUUCUAAAAAUACAUUUAAAUUGAUAUUAUA